AUGGAUAAAAAUGAAAAAAAGAAAGUUUUGGGAGGGACGGAAAAACUUCGUUUACGACGAAAACGCGAAUUAGAGUCCGUGGCGCGAACAUGUCACACGAUUGAUAAAAUGUUUAAAAUACAUGAAGACAUGCCUUCUUCAACCGCCUCUACCAGUUCUUUAAUUCAUCCUGAACUGGAAAAAAUAGAAAUUGAUCAUCAAAAUCGCCAAUGGCUAUCCUUUUGCGAAGAUAAUAACAAAUUAUAUUGUUCAAUUUGUCUUGCGUACGGUGGGUCAAACGAAAAUAUUUUUACUAAAGGUUUUUCCAAUUGGGACUAUGUUCAUCAGUACAUUGAAAGACAUGAAACAAUUAAAUUUCACGCUGAAAAUGUUAUGAAUCAUUUUAUGCGCUCAAAAAAUACUUUAAACAUAACAACACAAUUUCGAUCAUUACGAAAAGAAAAUAUCAUGUUCAAUAGAAAUGUGCUAACCAGAGUAAUAAAUGUAAUAAAAUUAAUAGGCAAAAGAGGUUUAAGCUAUAGAGGAAAGAGAAACGAGAGCCUCUAUACAUUUGAUGACGAUAACGUAGAUCAUGGCACGUUUAUAGAAAUCAUUAUUUUAUUAAGCAAAUAUGACGAUACACUGAAAAAUCAUUUACGAAACUGUAUAGAAAAAAGUAAAAAAAUUCAUGAAUGUGGAAAAAGACAAGGAAGGGGUAACUUAAUUAGUUUUUUAUCCAAAACUACUGUAAAUUACGUAAUUGAAGCAAUUUCUCAAUUAAUAAAAAAUAAAAUUUCACAACAAAUUAAUGACUCUGGAAUGUACAGUAUCCAAAUAGACACUACACAAGACGUAAGUGUGCAAGACCAGUGUGUGGUUGUUGUGAGGUAUAUUAAUAAUAAUAAUAUUAAUGAAAGACUUUUAUCCACCAUUAAUAUGGAUUCAUCGACUGGUGAAUCAUUUUACAACGUUGUAAAAGAACUUUUAGAAAUUAACAAUAUCGAUAUAACAAAAUGUAUAGGUAAUUCUACGGACGGUGCAAGUAAUAUGCAAGGCAAAUAUCAGGGUUUUUCUGCUCACAUGUUAAAGUCAAAUGCUGAAAAUGUGCACGUAUGGUGUUAUGCACAUAUUUUAAAUUUAGUUAUAUCUGACAUUACUCAAUCUUCCAUAACGGUUGCUACAUUAUUUAAUUUGUUAAAUUUAAUUGCUGUUUUUAUUAGAGAAUCAUACAUCCGAAUGAAUAUGUGGAAUUAUUUUAAUAAAGAUAAUAAAAGAAAGAAAUUGAAUAUAAUUGGAGAAACACGAUGGUGGGCCAAAGAUGCUAUCCUUAAAAAAAUAUUUGGUAACUAUAACAACCCCAAAGAUGGAUUAUUUGUGGAAUUAAUACUGACGUUAAAUGAAAUUUCUUUAAAACCUAAUUUUAAAGCAGAAAUUCGCCAAAAGGCUUAUUAUUUUAUAGAUUCUCUAACAAAAUAUGAAACUAUAUUAACUGCUAAAUUAUUUUUAAAAAUUUUCGAAAUUACAACGCCAAUUUCCAACUAUUUACAAGAGAAAGGUUUAGAUUUUAUUAAAGCUUACAAUAUGAUUUCCUGUGCAAUUCAAUCUCUAAAAGAAAUAUCAAGAAAUUUCUGUGUAAUUAAUGAAGUUUCGGAUGAAUUUGUAAAUUAUGCCAAUAAUAAUUUAGAUGAAAUGGAAUGCGAUGUUAUGCUGGAAUCUAAAUUACCAGAAAUUAGGCGACGUCAGAAAAAAAUAAUGCCCGGAGAAAAAGCUUUGGAUGAAACUACUUCGAAUGCGUUGAAGAAUUUUGAAGUGAAUGUAAAAGUCUCAGAAGAUAAUGUAAUUAAUGAUAGUGAUGAUGAUGACAACGACGAUGAUAAUGACAAAACUAUUUCGCCCUCUCAUUGCGGAGCUUGUAAGAAUUGUCCAAUUUGUUGUUAUAAUAUUUUACAACGCUACAAUAUGUUAAGCGGAACAUACGCUACACUUGGACAAGCUUAUAAGUAUUUAUUAACUUUGUCUGUGACUCAAGUGUCCUGUGAACGAAGCUUUUCUAUUUUAAAAUAUAUAAAAAAUAGACUUAGAUCAACCAUGUCUCAAGAAAAUUUAGAUGCAUUUAUGCUGAUGGCAGUGGAAAAAGACUUAUUAAACAGUAUUGAUUCUGACGACGUUAUUAAUCUUGUUGCAAAAAAAAGCAAUUUAUUGUUUGAGAAAUUAAUGUUGUAA